CUACUGCGUCGUCUUCCCUUCGUCUCCGACCAACGCGCGCGCGCCCAUCUCCAUUCCUCUCCAUCGCGCGCGGCGUGGCGCAUGCGAUCUAUGUACUAGGGCUGGGCUAGCUAGCUGCUGUGCUGGGUGCACGUACGACUCAUCUCUCUCUCUCUCUCUCUUUCUCUACCGUCGUUGUACUACGUACUCCAUGCACAGCACUCGUGCCAUGGAGGAAGAGGGGGUCGGCAAGUCAUGGCUUGCGCUGGGGAUAGGCGGCGGCGAUCUGAUGAAGCGGAACAACCGACCACCGGUGCAGUUCGACCUGCUGUUCCCGCCGCAGAGCGUCAAGGAAGAAGGUGCCGCGAGCAAGAAGGCAGAGAAAGGCGGUGGGCGGAAGAGGCUCAAGGUUGUCACGGCCGACGAGGAUGGCCGCCAGUCGCCGCACGGCGGUCCAGGCCCCAGCGACGGCUCCGGCGCAGGCGCGAGGAAGAAGCUCCGGCUCACCAAUGAGCAGUCGACGCUGCUCGAGGACACCUUCCGCGCCCACAACAUACUCUCCAACGCGCAGAAGCAGGAGCUCGCACGGCAGGUGGAUCUCAGCGCCAGGCAGGUGGAAGUGUGGUUCCAGAACAGGAGAGCAAGAACAAAGCUGAAGCAAACGGAGGUGGACUGCGAGAUCCUGAAGCGCUGCUGCGAGAGCCUGACCGGCGAGAACCAGCGGCUGAGGCUGGAGCUCGCGCAGCUGCAGCGGUCAGCGGCGGCGGCGGCGGAGGCUGGGCUCUACGUCCAGUCGUCGUUCCCGCCGCUGGCCACGGCCACGGCCACGGCCAGCGUCUGCCCGUCGUGCGACAAGGUAAUUGCCGUGUCGAGCGGCGGCGAGACAAGCGGCAAGAGCUCCACCAGCUACUCCUCGCGACGCGCUGGGUUCCCUUCAAUAAUGGGCAGUCGUUGA